AUGGACGAAGAAAUAGACAGAUUCCGCGAUAUUCUAGAAGUCAAUCGAACUGAAAUCGUGAGAACGAUCGACCCAGACAAACUGUUUCACGUACUUCGAGCUUGUCGUAUAUUCGAUCAGGAAGAUCAAGAAGAGAUAAGUUCUCAAGUAAAUUACCCAACUUUACAGAAACGUGCCGGACGAUUUCUGGAUAUCCUGGCAACGAAAGGGCCAAACGCGUUUGAUGUCUUCUGUAAGAGUUUAGAAGGCACAUAUCCACAUCUAUACAAGUUGUUGACCAACAAAGAAGCCAGUGAGUUCUUACCUGUAGAACCAGAUAGUACUUGCAGCACCGUAGUUCAUGAAGAAUUUUCUUACCUUGCACAAAAAUAUGAAAAACUUGCGAAUGAGAAGCAACAAUUGGUUACAAGAUGCAAUAAGCUGGUAAAUGAAGCAGUUAAAAUGAGAACUGAAAAUGAGCGAUUCAAGAAGAAGGCCGAAAUAUUACAGUAUCAGAAGGCUCUCAAUAAAAACCUGAAAAAAGCAAAUAGAGAUUGGGAAGAGAAGCUGUACCAAGCCACAGAGGAAAAGUAUAAUGCUGUGAAAAGAUCUCUCGACUAUCAGGAGGCAACAAAGUUAGCACAGGAAAAACUACGAGAGGCACUGAUGACUAUAGAUGAUAUGAAACGAGAGUUACACAAAGCAGAGGGAGAGUUUAAGCUGCAAAGAACCAGGACCACAAGACUACAGAAUGAAUUAAAUGUCAAGCCAAAGACCCAUGAAAUUGAUGAAUAUAAGAGAGAAAUACGACUACUGAAAGCAGAACUAACACAGAUCAGAAGUACACAGACUGUGCGUAACUCCAUGGUGCUGGAGUGUGUAGAUGAGAGAAUGGCAAUACUGGAAAAAGAAAGAGAGGAAGCAAGGACUGAAUUGAAAGAGAUGGUAGAUGCAUUGUAUGAAGCAAGACAAGAAUGUCAUGCGGCAGAGUUGCAGAGAGACCAGUUCUUAGAGAAAACUGAGAAAUUGGAACAAGAAAUAGAAACUUUGCAGAAAGAUUGUGAAACUUAUCUUAAUCGAAAAGAUGAAUUAUGGAAACAGUUGCUGGAAAGAGAGAAGGAACGAAAUACGGCUAUAAAAGAGAGAGAUAACGCUCUGAGAGACUGGACAAUCAAGACUCAGGAGAGAGACGAUAUCUUUGGACGGUUUUAUAAACUGCAGGAAAAAUAUGACACUCUUGAACAGCAACUCCGGAUGAUUAGAUCCAAUACUUGCUAUAUGGAUUCAGAAAGUGAACCAAGUUUAGGUAACCAGACACCUGCUCAAAAUGAAGAUGAAUCAUCUUUUUCAAAUAACAUUUGGCAUCGACCAAGAUCAAAGAGAUUGGCACACAGGCAGAUUUCUGUGACAGAAUCAGCCCCAGAAAAUGAAAUGCCAGACUAUGAUGUUGCCUUUGCAGAUUUUAGAGCUUUUCGUUCUGAUGAUGAUACAUCUUUGUCUUGUAAAGUUCAUCCAUCAUCAUCUAGUAGACGAGUUCUGGAAUCAAAGAAAAUAUUCUCCAGUACUACCGAAUUUGAUCAAUUAUCUUUUGAUUCGUCAGAAUUAUCAGAUGAUAAUGUGUUUCCAUUGAAGAUCAAACGAAGACACUGUAACCGAAGGAGAAAACGUUUUCGACCUCGCUCAAAUUCUUGUACAAAUCUGGACGUUGAUCUGGAGAAAAUGUUACAUAACAGUUCGUCAGAUGGCCACAGUUCUGUUUACAGCGUGCAGUCACUGCGAACUAGUCACAAUAGUAACACCAGUGGGUAUACCAGUAUAGCAAGUAAUACUGACUACUUUGAUGUACUCCUCUCGGACACAACUAUGAUGGAUAUUGAAAUCACUGGUGGUAACUCAACAGGCAUAUUUAUCAAAUCUGUAAAGAUUGAGUCCAGAGUGGCAUGUGAUAUCAAUGUUGGAGACCAGGUUAUCAAGAUAAUGGGUAAAAUUAAUGGUCAACAGAAGAAGCAGUCAUUUAUUGACUUAACCCUAGAGGAAGCAGUAGAACUGAUGAAUAGUUGUUCUGGAGCAAUGAAAUUGACACUGAAACAUAGCCAAGUAGUAUAUGAAGCACUACGUUACAUGGACACUGCAGAUGUACGAGGAGAUUCAUUCUAUGUCACAGCCAAUGUUGAUAGUGGAUCUUGGCAGAAUAGUGACUUCACUCUACUCAUCAACCAUGGUAAUGUUCUUCAUGUCACAGAUACAUUAUAUAAGAAAGGAUGUUGGUAUGCAAGAAGGGUUGAUAAUGAUGAUGAAGGGGUGAUACCCAACUACAACACAGCUAAUGAGAUUCUGAUAAAACAACAAUCAAUUCCGCCAAAGACACCACUGAGAAGAUUACUUUCUGAACCUGAAGCUCAGACAACAGGAUGUUUUCCUGGCGAAAAAGUUUAUAGAGUAUCAAAGUUUAGUUUGAGACCAAAGGCAAGGCGGAGAAUAAAAACUGAUACUGACACUGCAGCUGCAGGUAAAAAGGAUGAACUAUGUUAUUUGAGAUGGUACUUUUUAAUAAUACAUAUAUAA